AUGACCGAUGGAUCAGCUGCUCAGCACGGCCUUGAGGACGGGACAUCCUCCCUGGACACCCACCUGCAGGAGGACCACGGAGCAGCGAUGAGACUCGGUCCAUGUCCGGCCACCUGGCAUGGCACAGGGAUGCUGGACAUUGGGGUGCUGAUGCCGGCCACACUCCUCCUUCUCCUCCUCUUCCUCAGCCCCACUGGCACCACCUCCGAGCCCGCGCUGCUGCCAUUCCCAGAGAUCCGUCUCUCCAAUGGGCCCAGCCGGUGCCAGGGGCGAGUGGAGAUCUUCUACAAUGGCUCCUGGGGGACAGUGUGCGAUGACGACUGGGACAUCGUGGAUGCCAACGUGGUGUGUCGCCAGCUGGGCUGCGGCCAUGCCAUCACCCUCCCUCCUGCCAUGACCUUCGGCCAAGGGAGCGGACCCAUCUUCCUGGACAACGUGGACUGCAAGGGCUGGGAGGUGGCCUUGAGCGAGUGCUGGAGCCAUGGAUGGGGCAUCCACAACUGCUACCACUAUGAGGAUGUGGCUGUUGUAUGCAAUGGUAACGAGGUUUGGUCCCUUGGGGGCAAGGAGAACAGAGGUGCAGAUGCCCCGGGGGAGCCCAAGAGCUGUGUCUCAGAGCCUGGCUUCGCCCUUUCCCCGCUGUUUCUCGCCGGGUUUCCUUGCCAUCACGGGCACUGCCGGAUGCAGGCUCGGUGGCAUCGCUCUGUGGUGACCUCCUGGGGAAAGCAAUGUCCUUCUCACCCUGUUAUCCACCCUCCAGGUGAUGGGAGCAUCCGCCUGGUGAGCGGGACCGAUACCUGCCAGGGCCGGGUGGAGAUCUUCUACCGCGGGAGCUGGGGCACCGUGUGUGAUGAUGACUGGGGCCUGAGUGAUGCCAGCGUGGUCUGCAAGCAGCUGGGAUGCGGCCAAGCCCUGGACUACAAGAGCAAUGCCUAUUUCGGCUACGGCACGGGGCUCAUCCUGCUGGACAACGUCAACUGCGAUGGCAGCGAGCCCUUCCUCUCUGCCUGCUACAGCCUCGGCUGGGGCAUCCAUAACUGCGGACACCAUGAGGAUGCUGGGGUCAUCUGCGCAGGGCUGGACACAUCCACCAUCACAUCCUUCACCACUUCGGUGGCCCUGGACUAUGAAGAGACAUUCACUGCCACGGCCACAGCAGUGACAGAGAGCAGGGACCAGCCCUCCGAGGCCACCGAGGUGCUCACCACCGCUCUGCUCACCGUCGAGCAGGAAAGUACUGGCGUGCGGCUGUCGAGCGGUAACGGGAGCUGCCGCGGGCGGGUGGAGGUGCGGCACCGCGGCACGUGGGGCACGGUGUGCGACGACGACUGGGACUUCCUGGACGCGGCGGUGGUGUGCCGGCAGCUGGGCUGCGGCGCCGCGCUCGCCGCCACCGUGCUCGGCUCCUUCGGCUACGGCAGCGGGCCCGUGCUGCUGGACAACGUGGGCUGCGGCGGCGGCGAGGCGCGCCUGCAGGACUGCUUCCACCUCGGCUGGGGACAGCACAACUGCGGGCACCACGAGGAUGCCGGCGUCAUCUGCCAAGGUGGGACGUGAUGGAGGUGCCGUGGAAGGGCUCUGCAAGUCACCACUGCAACCACCAUGCUGACCUCAACUCGUCCCAAGGAUGGGUCCCUGCGCCUGGUGAACGGCAGCCACCGGUGCGAGGGGCGCGUGGAGCUGUUCUACCUGUCGCAGUGGGGCACGGUGUGCGACGACGCCUGGGACCUGCGGGACGCGGCGGUGGUGUGCAGGCAGCUGGGCUGCGGGCGCGCCGUGGCGGCCUGGGGCGACGCACGCUAUGGGCAGGGAGCCGGCUACAUCUUCCUCGACAACCUCAAGUGCAAGGGCCACGAGCCCUCGCUGCUGCGCUGCUCGCACAUCCGCUGGGACGUCCACAACUGCGACCACUCCGAGGAUGCCGGCGCUGUCUGCAGCAGCCGGUGAGCGGGAGCAGCACGGAGGUGGAAGAACCCAUCCUGCGGCCCUGGCCACCACCGCUGUGUGUGAUGUCUGAUGGACACCAGCAAAAUGACCUUCCUGAUUCCAUGGAUGGGGU